UCUUUAUUGGAAGGGAAAGCCAAGGAAACUAUUGCAGGCCUUGCCCUUACUGAUGUCAACUAUUCUACGGCGAUUGACUUAUUGGAGAAGAGGUUUGGCAGCAAGGAGAGGAUUACUGCAGCUCAUAUGGACGUACUGAUGAGCCUUGAUGCAGUUUCUUCUGAUCAUCAUAUUUUCGAGCUUCGUCGCCUGUAUGACAAGACUGAGUCUACAAUUAGGAGUCUAUCUGCAUUGGGAGUACCUGUGGACUCUUAUGGAGCAUUGCUGGCUCCUGUGUUCAUGAAGAAACUUCCAUCUGAGCUCAGACUUGCGAUUGCCCGAAAGGUUCCAGCAGAUGAUUGGAACAUGACAAGGAUACUGGAGGUGCUAUUAGCAGAGGUAGAAGCUAGAGAGAGGGCCUCCCUGCCUAAGACUAAACAGAGUGGUUUUACACCAAAGCGUGGAAGGGAUUUUCCCACUACUGCCACUUUUACUGGAGGUAGCCAGAGUGGUUGCUGCUUUUGCCAGCAAGAGGACCACACACCUGCCCAGUGUACUAAGGUCACUGGAGUUGAUGAGAGAAAGCGAAUAAUUAGAGAGCAGGGCAGAUGCUUUGUUUGCCUCCGCCCAGGUCACAUUAGUAAGCAUUGUCGCUCUUCAAUGAGCUGUGCUACUUGUAGAGGGAGACAUCACUCUAGUGUAUGUAUGAGGAACUCAAAGCCUAAAUCAGGCCAGAGGCCUCCUACUGUUAGAGAUAGUGCUUCCCCACAUUUGUCUAAGGGGCUUAAUCCAGAGACCCCUCCAUUUGAAGGAUCAAAUACGGGUGCCACAUUCUAUACUAGUUCUAGAGAGUCUACUCUCUUGCAAGUGGCACGCGUCUUUGCCUUCAAUCUAAAUGAGCCUGGUAAUAGAAUGUCUUUAUAUAUCCUAUUGGACAGUGGGAGCCAGUGCUCAUAUAUUACUCGAAGUGCAUGCCAGAGGUUGGGAUUGCCAUCUCUGGGCACUAAAUCAGUUUCUAUAAUGACCUUUGGGUCUAGAAAGGAGUGUCGUACUGAAUGCCAUGUUGUAAAACUGGGUCUUGAGCUUAAAAAUAAUGCUCAUAUGGAGCUUAAGCUGCUCACAGUUAGCCACAUUUGUGAGCCUUUGACGUAUGAAGCCAUAGAUUUGAAUAAGUAUCCUCAUCUGAAUAAUUUGGACUUUUCUAUUCCAUUGGAUCAUUGCCAGCAGAUAAAGCCAGACAUCUUAAUUGGAUCUGACCAGUAUUGGUCUCUACUUACAGGUGAGAUAAUGAAGAGUAACAAUGGGCCUGUUGCUCUAAACUCAUGCUUUGGCUGGAUUUUAUCUGGUACUGCUGCUGUGAAACAGUCUAGUGCACGGAGUGCUACUAUGGUCACCCAUGUUUUAAGGGUUGAUGGUGUCCAUGAAGACAUGAGCCUAGAACAUAGAUUACGUUCAUUUUGGGAGCUAGAAUCUUUAGGAAUUUUGGAAGAUGAGAAUUUAGUGCAAACUCAAUUUGGUGAUCAUGUGAAGUUUGCUAAUGGUAAGUAUGUUGUUUCCCUGCCUUGGAAAGACUCUUGCAUUUCUCUUGCUGAUAACUAUCAGCUUUGUUUACGUCGAUUGAGUGGUUUGUUUAAGCGCCUGAAGAGCUCUCCUGAGUUAUUGAAGAAAUAUGAUGAUAUCAUUAGAGAGCAACUAGCCUUGGGAAUUAUUGUCCCUGUUGAGAACUCUGAAGAAUGCAGUGUGGCUCGUAUACACUAUUUACCGCAUCAUUGUGUGUUGAGACAGGAUAAGUCUACUACAAAAUUAAGAAUUGUAUACGAUGCCUCUGCUAAGACUAACGGUCCAUCAUUGAAUAAUUGCCUCCAUAUAGGACCUUCAUUGCAUCAAAAGGUUUUUGAUAUUCUUUUGAGAUUUAGGAUGUGGCCUAUUGCUAUUGUGGCUGAUAUAGAGAAAGCCUUUCUUAUGAUUCAGGUGGCAGAUGUAGAUCAGGAUGUUUUGCGUUUUCUGUGGUACAAAGAUGUUUUUUGUGAGAAUCUUGAGCUUCAAAUUUAUAAGUUCACACGUGUUGUGUUUGGUGUAGCUCCAAGCCCAUACCUUCUCAAUGCCACCAUUGCUCAGCACUUAAGCACCUUUGAGUCGAGGUAUCCAGAUCUAAUUCAGAAGAUUAAAAACUCUAUUUAUGUGGAUGAUGUCAUAACUGGUGUUGAUAAUGUUUCUGAAGCAUUUUCUCUUUAUAAAGAUUCAAAAGAUAUAUUUGCUAAAGGAGGAUUUAAUUUAAGAAAGUUUUUAAGCAAUAAUGCAGAAGUACAGAGUCUAAUUGACUCAGCAGAGCAAGGUAUUGUUUUUGAAGGAGAUGAGCAUGAGACUUAUGCUCAGAGUACUUUAGGGAGAGUUAACUCUGCUCUGGGAAGUGAGCAGAAAGUUCUGGGUGUCCUGUGGGAUCCUAUUGCUGAUGAGAUCAUCAUUGAUCUUACUCUUAUUUUUCAUGAAGCAAAGAGACUUGAGCCCACUAAGCGUAAGCUAGUCAGUGUGAUUAGUAAGAUAUAUGAUCCUAUGGGGCUCAUCUCUCCUGUUAUAGUCAAUUUUAAGAUGCUUUUUCAAGGCUUGUGUAAUCAUAAGAUUGGAUGGGAUGAUUCUUUGCCUGAGCCACUAUUGCUUAAGUGGAAGCAACUCCUUACAGGCCUUGAAGCCCAGCCAUUGAGACUGGCACGUUACUGCACUACUAGUAAUUUAAGUAGUAAACCCAGAUUGAUAGGGUUCUGUGAUGCUUCAUUGAAGGCCUAUGCAGCUGUAGUAUAUUUGGAGAAUUGUGAUAAAGAGCUUGUGCUAUUGGCCUCAAAGACUAGAGUCUCUCCUUUGAAGAUUACUCGUGCUGUUCAUUUGGACAUAGUCACAGAUAAGUCUUCUCUUACUUUCCUCAGAUGUUUCAAACGAUUUGUGUCUCGAAGAGGUCUUCCCUCACUUAUAGUCUCAGAUAACGGAACUACUUGUAAAUCUGCUGCGAAAGUCAUUCGAUCUAUUCUGAGUCAUCCUGAGGUCCAACGGUAUUUCUCAAAUGUGAAUUUGAAAUGGAGCUUCAAUAUUGAGCGUGCCCCAUGGUGGGGUGGCUUUUUCGAAAGAAUGGUGCAGCUCCUCAAGCGUUGCUUACGUAAGAUGGUGGGACAGUCCAAGCUGACUUAUGAUGAGCUACUGACUAGUGUAACGGAAGUGGAGAUGAUAUUAAAUUCCCGUCCUCUUACUUAUAUUACAGCCUCUGAUAUGGAUGAGCCCAUAACUCCUUCUCAUUUGAUUCUGGGAAAGAGACUGAUGUCUCUACCUGAUUACUUAUCCUUGCCUGAUUCUGAAGAGUUUAGCCCAGAUUCAUCUCGACCUACUAUAACAAGGCGUUUGAAGUAUUUGAGUACUAUUCUGAAGCAAGGGAUAAAGUCGUUGCUAGUCUUUUGGACUAGUCUCAUUGUAAGCAGAGAUUGAGAUUGAAAUUAUUAUUGAUUUAUGUUUUCUUUUGUUUGUUAUUAUUGUUUUCUUGUUUUAUUUGAUUAUUUGUGAUAUUGAAUAGUAUUCUACUAUUCAAUGGGGGGUGUGUGUGAGGAUUUAUGUGUGAUUUAUAUUCAUUGUGCUUAUUGAUUGUCAGUUAUUAUUAAUUAUUAGUUCAUUAUUAUUCAUGAAUGUAUUUUGU